AGGGAUGCGGGGACCAACGCUGGAUGAAGGGCUGGCACAGAGAAGGGGGUGAUUGCGGGGAGGGCUGGGGCCAAAGGCAGAGGCUGAGCAGGAGGUUGGCGGCUGUGGCCGCACGAGGUGGCCAUGGCCAUGCUUGGCGCAGGUGGCUGGGCUGCACUGGCACAGGGAGCACUUGGCAGUGAUGGCUCUUGCUGGGGACAGUCCAGGAAACUGGCCGGCCCAGGGCCAGGCAGACCCAUGGUACUCUUGUCCCUGUCCUGUGUGGGGGAACACAUGGCUAACGCUGUUCCUGAUCUCCUCAGGGCCGCUGGGGAAGGUGCCGGAUGGGAAGGAUGCCCAGGAUGGCCUCACCCGCAGGCUGGUACGGCCGCGGGGUGCACGGCAUGGGACCGGCCAGCGCCCCACGGGCUGGCGGAGGUACCGGCGGCCCCGGCCCCGGCUCUCCCACAAGGGCCCCAUGCCAUUCUGAGUCAGGGCUGCCACCAGCCUUCCAUGGACACGGCUUCCAUCGCUCGCGUGUGCUCACCUUCUCUGCUCAUCCUCCGGCCCUGAGCCUGGGGUCACCCCCGUAAGCCCUUGGCUGGCCCCUUCUUCUCCCUGUGGCUGCCUCUGGUGGCCCCACUGCUGUGUCUGGCACUGUGGGUGCAUUCUGCCCCUCCUCACUGCCUCACAGGGCUGGCUCAACAGGGGUUGCCUGCAGAGGGGCCAGGGUUGCCACAAUGCCCUGUCCUGGUGGGCACGGGGCUGGCUCGGGCAUCGGCUUGCUGGGACUACAGCCUUUGCGCAAAGCACUUUGUCAGGCAGAGCAGCUUCUCCUCAGGGGUCUGUGAGCUUCCUCUGGGUCCUGCCCCAGCCCUGUCACCCCCACACCAGGGGGGAGCACACAGCUUGUCCUGGAUCUAUUUAUUCCCAUGGUGCUCAUCCCACACCCUGGGUGAGCUGCCCUCCCUUUCCUACAGGCAGGCCCACCUAGUGGUGGUGUGGGACACCCACCCAGGACACACUGUGGGGCCCUGGGCCCCUCUGCUUCACGCCAUGGGACAGCAGGAAUGGGAGUGCCUCUGGGGUCUCUGUCAAGCUCUGCCAUAUACCAAAGGAGGGGCCCUGGCUCUGAGCUGGGCUCUACUGAUUGUCUCCUGUGUCUGUAAAGAUUUAUUCCAUGUAAAUACAUCUUUAUAAUAAAGAGUUAUGAUUAUUAACUUGGUAGAUGCUGAUUUCUGGAAGGGCCGUUAGGGGUUGCUCUCCUGCUGAUGGGGAGGGAUCUCAGGUCCCUCUGCUCCCUCGUGGGGCUCUCUACAGGCACCGGGGGUCAUGGCUGGGGCCAUGACAGGCCCUUCCCCAGCUGGCAGAGGAGGUGCUCAGCAAGGAGUGAAGCCAUGUGCUGAGCCUGUGGAAUUGGCAAGGAGGGUAGGAAAGCACAGGUCAGAAAGGCUGGGAGAUGGAGGAGGGAAUGCUGGAAGGGCACAAGGAUGCUGGUCCUCCUGGGUAUCCCUGUCCCUUUUGUUCAGUCACUGCCAUCCCUAGCAUCCCUGUUUCUGGUGUCCCUGUCCAUCGAAUCCCUGGCAUUCCUUCCCUACAUGUCCCCAUCCUUGCAUUCCCCAUCUUGGUGUCCCCACCCCAUGUGGCUGGGUGUAAGCAGGACCCAUGUGGAGGGCAGAGGGGUCAAGGCUCAGGGGACUGAGGGGACUGUAGGACCCUGCAGGUGGAGAGGAGGGGCUGAGCCCUGUAAAGCGAUGGGACCCCAUGGGAUAGGACACCCCCAGCCGUGGCUGGAACACCGAGAGAGGUGGUGCCCAUGCGGGGCCUCCAAACUCUUCACUGUUUGCAGGGGGCUGCCCACGAGCGACAUCCCGGGUGCGGGGCUGUGGGCAGGGGUCAGCAGUGCCGGCGGGGAGCGGGUUAAGGGGCUGUGGAGGAGCGGAAGGGCUGCAGCUGCGGGCUGGGAGCGGGGCUGGGGAAGCGCCGGGACCCAGCUGGCCUGCAUUAGCUCAUCCGCCGGGACCGGGAGGGAUGCGCUGCCCGGCCGCGCGCCAGCGCUCCGGCCACGCCGCCACCGCGCCCGCCGCACGGCCCGCGAACCCCGCCACCCGCGGGGCACUGCGAGCCACGUCCCCCUGCCAGCUGCCCUGAGAGACCCUGCCACCCCCACCCGGCUUCACGGCCGUCCCAGGAAUCACUGCCGGUGCCCCCAUGAUGGUGUGGGUGGAUGGGCAAGGGUUGCCCGCUCACUGACCAGUCCUGUCCUGGUCCUCAUGCCCAGUUUUCCAGACCCAGCAGCCUUCCAGAGCUGGAGUGGGGCAGAACAUGGUGCUCCAGCCACAGCCCCCUCCAGCUGCAUCCAGCUCCCGCUCUGGGAUGUUGGGGGUGGGGGGUGUUAUUGUUCCUCUAUUGCCGGCCUACAGCGCUCCUGCUACUGGUUUGAACUGGGAGGGCUCUCCCUCUGCACUUCACACCACCCUUCAAUGCCCGUGGUCUGCCUCCUCAGCUGCAGCGGCAGCCACGUGGCCCAAGAGAUUCGGUGAGGUCCCUGCCUGGGCAUGGGCAGGACUGGCAGUGGGGGGCCAGCAGACCCCUGGACUGACUGCCGUGGCCAUGCCAGCAAGGCAGCGAUGUCCCACGUCCCCCAGGCAUCGCCCAGCUCCAAGUGCUUGGGCUGCAGCCAGGGGCUGCACAGCUGAGCCCUGACCCCAGCCCUCCUGCGCCAGCCUGGAAGGAGGAGGCCAGGGAGGACCUCCUGGUUGGGCUGUGGCCAGCCUGGAAGGAGGAAAAGGCUUCUGGGCCGGGAGACCUAAGGAAUCUCUGGCUCUUCCUGGCCUGGCCAGCUGCCCGCAGGCAGGUGGGAGCUGCUGAGCUCAGCCACGUUCCCCCACGACGUUGUGCGUCAACAGUGCCAGAGCUCCUCUACUGCAACAGGAGCUGGGGCAGAGUGGGCACAGGAGCAGUGCUGGGGACAUGUUCAGAGGGGGACAGGGCAGUCCUGUCCUUGGCUGUGCAGGCAGGGUCUGUCCUAGCAGGGCAAGGAUGGGGUCUGCCAGGUCCCUGCCAGAUGCAGGGAAAGAGGGAUGCAGAGAGGGCUGUGCAGUCCAGGAGUCCUGUGGUCCAUGGGUCCCCUGGCUGUCCCCAGGGGGAACAGGGAGAGCUCUCUACCCACCUACAGCUGGCAAGGGAUGUUCAGUGUGGCUGUGGGACACCACCAGCUCCUCCAGCUCCACCACCUGAGCACCACCAGCAUCCCUCAGUGUCCAUGUUCAUGGUGGGCUGGCACAUGAACGAGACCCCCCAAGCUGCACCCCAACAGCCUCCAGGGUCCCCCACAAGGAUCCCUAUACCCUCCUGAGGAUGGGCAGGGCAGGUCCAGGCUUUGUCCCAUCCCCAGGGAGCAUCAGGCCUUUGCUCUCACUUCGGCAUUUCCGCUGGCAGUGGCAGGAAUGCGGCGACCGCAGGAACAAUGCCAGCACCUUGCACUGGUUACCUCCGUGACAGCACGGGAGCAGCUGCCCAGGCACAGCCCUGCUCCCAAGGAGCCAGCAGGAAGCAGAUGGAGAUGACACUGGCCGCUAUUUCCUGCGGCAGGAUGCACGAGGCUUUCUCCACCACCGCUCCCCUUGCUGGCCCAGCAGGGCCUCGGGCACCACAGGCAUCACUGCUAAGGGCUGCCAAUGCCACGUGCCACUCCAAGGCAGCAGCACCUGCUGCAGCUGGCCAGACCCAGUGCCAUCGCCAUGCCGCUGCGGCAUGUGCCACCACCCACCACGGGAUGGGCACUGCACUGCAGUCAGCACAGCAGAGGUGCACCCACGAGCUCAACCAGCAGCAACCAGUGGCAUGGGACCCUCUGCCACUGUCCCUAGCUGUGUCCAGCUCGCUGCUGGAGUGGCUGGGGGAGAGCCUAGCCCUCAGCUGCACCCAGAGCAAGCCUGGAGCUCCAGGCAGGGCUCCAUGACAGUGCAGAGCUGCGUGAGGGAGGGCAGGCGCACCCCACGCAGCCCCCAGGCUUUGCACAACGGAGGUUUAUUUGGAACUAACAGUUUCCCAAUAAAUUAUGUAAUUUAAAAAUUUUAAGGAAAAGAUAAAGGCAGAAGGGAGGGGAGCCCACAGCAGCUCAGCCAGUGCAUGGGGACUGCAGGGACACAACACCCUGGGCUAAGCCCAGGCACUGGAAGGGGCUCUGUGACCACAACCCCCUCCCCUUGGCUUUGGCCUCCCUCACCUGAAGCCAUGUGGACCCACAGGCCUCUUUAGUGUUUCAGUGGGACAGGCCACUCUUGUACCCUGUCAGCAGGCCCAGGGCUGUCCCCUCAGCCAGCUGUGUGUGGGGCACUGCAGCCCUUGCACUGCAGCCCCCUGCACAGCAACCCAGCUGCUCCUCUGGCCCCCAAGGAGCAUUUCUGUCUCCUUUCAUUCCCCCAAGCCUGCAACCUCUGCUAGCCCCCCAGGACAGAGAGAAUGGACUCCAUCUAGUGGCAUAUGGUCACCCAGCCUGUCCUACUCCACACUGUAAGCUGGGCUAGAGGGACAAUGCUCUCAUCCUGCUCUAGAUGCACAGGACAGCACAGGAGGAGCAGAGGGCAGCUUGUGGCUCUGACCCUGGUUGCUGUGAGCCACCCACCAUCCUGUGUCCUCGGGGGAAGCUGGGGCAGGGAUGGGAAAAGAAAGUGAGGGCAGAAUGGGGGUGCAGGGACAGACCUGUGUGCCAAGGCCCUCUGUCAUGGGAGGGAGGAGAGAAGGGAAA